AGAAAUAUAACGUGGCAAUGGUUGCCAUUGAUAUUGACUGAACGUUUGCAAGGUAAUAAUGAUCAUGAUAUUGACAUUGGUGAUGAUAGAAUGUAUAUUUACGAUGAAGAUUAUGACAUGUUAGGUGUUGAUGAUGUUGAUGACAAAGAGGAGGAUUUGAUAGAUGAUAAAGAUGUCGUGUAG